AUGGUCAAAAAAAAGGUGACGGAAAGUACCAAUAUUCAGGUCUACAGAACCUGCGUUUUAAGCACGUUGCUGCACGACAGCGAGUCAUGGACUCUUCAAACACGAACGGAGAGGAAGCUUACUACUUUCCAGAUGCGCUGUCUCCGACGCAUACUCAGCAUUACCUGGCAAGACAAAGUUCGAAACAACACAGUCCUGCAGCGACCUGAAAUUCCCAGCAUGUAUACACUACUGAAACAGAGACGAUUGCGCCGGCUUGGCCAUGUUGUAAGAAUGGAUUACAGCCAGAUCCCAAACGAUCUCCUCCACGGAGAAUUGACUCAAGGAAAGCACCCCACUGGCAGGCCCCAAUUACGCUAUAAAGAUGUCUGCAAAAGGGAUCUGAAGGCCUUGGGCAUUGACAUCAACGGAUGGGAAACCUUGGCUUCAGAACGUUCAGACUGGAAGCAAGGAGUAGAGUAA